AUGUUUUCUGAAACCGUUCAAUCACUAUCAUCCACCAUUCACUCAACUUCUACAACUAUUUCCAGCAGACUCAACGAUAAUUAUCCAAAUCUUUCCAAAAAUCUUAACGAUAAUUAUUCGACUCUUUCCAGCAAAUUCUCUGAUAAUUAUUCAACUUUUUCAAGUAAAUUCAAUGAAAAUUAUACUGCUCUUUAUUCCGGUUUGAGUAAUACUAGAUCCACCGUUACUUCGACCUUUAAUGAGGGUACAGCUUAUAUAUAUAAUCUCCCCACUUCAAUUGGAAGUCAAGUAUCUUCUUAUGCAUCAAUGAUAGAACCGGUUGAUGAUUAUGAAGAAAGAGAUGUUUCGAAAAUUUCUCCGAAUGACAAUUUAAACGAUAAUAUUAUUGCAUUAGAUAAUGAAAGACAGGAAAUCUUUAAAAAUAUUGUGAGUUUGUAUAGUUGCAAACCAAAGAAGGAAUGUUUUAAGUAUUAUGAUGACAGUGUAAUAUUUGAAGACCCACUUAUGUUUGCUGCUGGUUUGCCGAACUUAAAGGCACAAUUCUAUGGAAUGCCAAAAGUAUUUGUUAAAUCUACAACCAAGAAAUACAAGAUUUUGGAAAAUAGUCCAAAUUAUUUGAAAUUUGAAUUGGAACAAAAGUAUGAACUUCCCUUCGUUGGUCGCGCUAUUGUACAAAAAAGCCAAAUCACUUUGGAAUUCAGUCCCGAAAACAGAAAGAUCAUUAGACACACCGACCUUUGGAAUGGCAAACCAAUCGGCGAAGGAGGAAUGUUACGCAAGGGUGCUGCUAAACUUGUAUCUACUUUAGUUUGGGUUCCAGAGGAAUAA